AUAUCAGUGGAAGGUCUGAGUAGCAUCCUGUGUUGUCAGCAGUAAGAGAGAUCCACCCACAGACAGGCAGACAGAGAUACUCGACCAUCCAACAGGACAGGAGCCGUGUCCUCUCAUCACACAGCCAGGAGGUAGAGACCUCCACCACUUUUCCCCUCAGAGAAUCUCUGUCCUGCUUGCUGAAGGCAUGGCCGGCAACUGGAUCACUGGCCCAUCCAAUCAGACAACAGACUUCGGCAGCGUGUUCACUCACCAGGUGCUCCCAGUUCUCUACGUGCUGAUCGGCGGCGUGGGAUUGGCUCUCAACAGCUUGGCUGCCUGGAUCUUCUUCCGGGUGCCCAGCGACUCAGGCAUGGUGGUCUACUUAAAAAACAUGGUAGUGGCCGACCUGCUGAUGCUACUCACCUUCCCCUGGCGCGUGGCCAGCGAGCUCGGCCUGGGCGGCUGGCAGAUCCGCGUGGCCGUGUGCCGCUACAGCGCUGUGCUCUUCUACUCCUCCAUGUAUGUGGGCAUAAUCUUAAUGGGCCUCAUCAGCCUGGAGCGCUAUGUCAAGGUCGUAAGACACUCGUCUCCCUGCACACACCCCCUGCAGCGAGUGGGGUUCACCCGGGUCCUGGCCCUGCUGACGUGGAGCCUGCUGCUGCUUUCCGUACUCCCCAAUGUCAUGCUGACUAGCAAGCCUGCGGAUGAGGAGAGCUCCAGGCACUGUGUGCAGCUAAAGACUCCCCUGGGUCAGCAGUGGCACAAGGUGUCCUCGUAUUUCGGUGUGGCCCUGUUCUGGGCCACCGUACUGGUUCUAGCCUUCUGCUACUCUUCCAUUGCCCACCACUUCUACAAGUCGUACCGCCGUGUUCGCCAGGACGACAGCGGGGUGUACAGCAAGUCCAACUGCAGUAUCUUCAGCCUCCUGGCCGUGUUCUUCAUCUGUUUCGUGCCCUACCACAUCUGCCGCGUGACCUACACCCAAAGCCAGUUACCCGGCUCCGGCUUCAGCUGGCACAGCCGUUAUAUGCUGUUCCAGGCGAAGGAGGUCACCCUCUUCCUGUCAGCACUCAACGUGUGCCUGGACCCCGUCAUCUACUUCUUGAUGUGCACUAAGUUCCGCGAGUCACUACUGAAGAAACUGCCCAGAGGCAGGGGAGGGCCAAAGAGAUGUUCCCUUACCACAGAACAGACUGUUAGUAAUAUGUGAUGAGAAGAGGAAAGGAGAGAGAACAGGUGAGUUGAAAGAAGAAGCAUAUGUGGAAAAAUAGUAAACCAUCAAGAGGCAAGAUUUCUAACACUUGAUACAGUAUGUGUUAAUAUAUUGCAGAAAGUUCGACUGACCCUUUUGUAAUGAACUCCGCUGAAGGCAUGUCUGCACUGCAUUAGAAAUUAUAACAACAGACAUUUGUCUCUAGAAAACACCUUUACAGUAUUAAAAAUGCUUACAUUCCAUUGCUACUGAUGCCAUAGGAUAAGACAUGGGUUAAGACAUUUUUUGUUGUUGCUUUAAAUCAUGUCAAUGUUGUUUUGAGGUUUGAUUUAAUACAAAUAUUUUUUUGCUUUAAUCAUGUCAAUGUUGUAUUCAGUAUCGUUCACACAUUCUUAAGCCUUAGCCCCACCCAUCUCUUUAAAGAUUCACAUUUGAGGCCAUGUGGUAAACGCAUGCUAUAUCAAAUAAAAUCUAAGUUUAUUUGUCACAUGCACAGGAUACAGAAGGUGUAAAUGGUACGGUGAAGUGGUUACUUGCAUGUCACGGACACCAACGUCUUGCUUCCAGACAAACUAAAUACCUUCUUUGCUCGCUUUGAGGAUAAUACAGUGCCACAUGCUUCAAGAUGGCCACCAUUGUUCCUGUACCCAAGAAGGCAAAGGUAACUGAAAUGAAUGACUAUCACCCCGUGGCACUCACUUCUGUCAUUGAGAAGUGCUUUGAGAGGCUAGUCAAGGAUCAUAUCACCUCCACCUUACCCACUUCAAUUUACUUACCGCCGCAAAAGGUCCAUAACACUGCACACUGCCCUAUCCCACCUGGACAAGAGGAAUACCCUAUGUAAGAAUGCUGUUCAUUGACUAUAGCUCAGCAUUCAACACCAUAGUAACCUCCAAGCUCAUCAUGAAGCUAGAGGCCCUGGGUCUCAACCCCGCCCUGUGCAAUUGGGUCCUGGACUUCCUGACAGGCCGCCCCCAGGUGGUGAAGUUAGGAAACAACAUCUCCACUUCGCUGAUCCUCAACACUGGAGCCCCACAAGGGUGCGUGCUCAGCCCCCUUCUAUACUCUCUGUUCACCCAUGACUGCGUG